GAUUCAAUUUGUUCAAAAUGGCGGACGGAACGGAGGGCUUUUACUUCGAUGAGUUAAACAAAGUGCGAGUAUUAGAGCCUGAAGUUAGCCAAGAAACCACCAAAUUGAAAGAAGAGUGCAAAGAGUUUGUAGACAAAAUAAACGAGUUUCAGAAAAUCGUGGGUGGAUUCAUUGACAUGGUCGAUUCGCUGGCGAAGGAAGUCGAGAAGGAAAAGAUGAAGGCUAUUGGCUCUAGGAAUUUGCUAAAAUCAAUCGCWAAGCAGAGAGAGUCACAACAACAACAAUUAAGGGCUUUGAUUGCCGAGAAAAAGACACAACUCGAAAGGUUCAGACUACAGCACGAAUCACUACAAAAAGUCGAAAGUGAUCAGAAUGAAUUUAUUGAACAGUUUAUCCUUCAGAAAUAGUUCAUAAGGGAUGAGAAUCCUUCAGCAACACAACUUACUCCUGGAUGUACACUACUUAGACGUUGAAGAGUUUAUAAAAGGGUAAAAUUGGGGUGCUUUCUAUUAGUUAGAACUGACCAGCUAAAUUAUUCCAGUAAUUGAAUGGCUGGCUGCUACUUAUUAGAACAGCGAGUCUAUAAGGGUUCUUGUCAAAAUGGCUCUGAUAUUAUUUACUUUUCCUUUAUGGUAUUUUUGAAAAUACUGGAUGAUGAAACAAUUCAGUUAUGACUUAUGAACAGUACUGUCCAAGUGGCACAGCAGAAGAAUGCUGUCUUGUUCCCCCUUGAUGUAAGUUGUACUAGUAUAAAAGAAGAUAUACAUUGUAUAUAGAGAAUUUCUCAGCUGUGAAUUUUAUUUAUACUGACCUUUUUAUUUUUAUUUUGUUAAAUAUAAAACAUUGAUGGCUACUCCCUGGCUAAAUUGGUAGGUAGGGGUGCCCAAUGAUCAUGGUCUGCCUUGAAAUUGAAAUUGAAUUCUGAUUUCAGUAUAAUCCUGUGUUACAUCUUGUAAAUUAACCCUAAAAGGUACAGUGUAAGUUGAAGAUCCCACUUUGGUGCCACUUUGGUAAGGGAGUCUCCCAGCCCUCGAAUGCAUCCACAUUUUAGACUCUUUGUAAAUAACGCAAUAAUUCUUGGCAUAACUUAUAGUGCUUUUCCAUUGGCUGUGAAAGAAGUUGUUUUUAUCGAGGCAGGAUGUAAAAUCCAUCUAGUUUAAAGAGAAUAAAUGAUUUUUACAACUAAUUGAUGUUAUAAUGAACCCCGUUGUUCACCAUUACCAUCCUUAAACUAUUAUAAUAUCAAUGCAAUACAUUUAUGCUCUUUAUCAGAAGGUUGAUAGAGGAAGUCACAGAUAAGAGUUAUCCAGAUAUAAAUCUUGUAUAUAUUUUAGGUUGCUAAGUGAUUUAUAGAGUGAUUUGAGCUUAUUAGUUGUAUAUGACUUGAAAUCACUUUAGCCUGUGAAUAACACUAGUCUGUUUACUUUCUACUUUAAUUGAUAUGUUUAAAUUAAUUCACCAAUAAUGAUACCUCUUGUAUAGCUCUCUUAAUUUCCCUUUUGGAAUUCCUUUCUGACUUCACUCUAAAUUGGUUUACAGCAGAAACCGUUGCAUAGCGACUUCGAUGUUCAAAGAAAAUAGUUGGGAUUUAGGUUUUUCUGCUACUUUGGGGCGGAGCUUGAUACUAAUCAGCCAAUGAUUGAACAAGUUUUCGAAAAGCUCYGCCCCUCAGAUUGAAAGAAAGAACAAAAUCCAGACAAACUUCAAAAACAAAGAGGUCGCGAUGCAACGAUUUCAGCUGUAAGUGAGAAAGGAAUUUCAAAUAGAAUUCAAAUUACAUAUUGGUCAGUGUUUUGGUAAAACUCUUUAUUGAUCUUGUGAAUAAAAUUUUACAAAUGGUA